AUGGGGGCUCAAGCAUCAAAACCAGAAGACAGCGCAGUUUUUGCCAUUGAUUCUACAUUGAAGCUUUCCGAUGAUAUUGUGAGCAAGCUGCAGCAUAGCACUGAAACAGAUUUCUCGAGAAGGGAGGAUGCCGAGAGAUUUAUCGAAGAGAAAGUAGCGCAGAAGUUGACAAGGUUGGAGAAGGAUGCAUUGAGAAAGUUUGAAGACACACUCGAUACUUCUUUGAUUUUAACGGAGAUUGAGAAUGAUCCCCUGAGCUCAAAAAAAUUGGAUGCCAAAAUUCUUACCUUGAGUGAUAACUUGAAGAAGUUGGACGAAAGGGACGAGCAGAAGUUAAAGCAGAUAGGCACCAAGGGGCAAGAAGUGAGAAACAAGCUGGCGCAGUGUUUGGCCGACAAUAAGGGUAAACCGUUGAAUUGCUACGAAUACAUCGAGCAGUUCAAAAAGAUCAUUGGUUGA